AUGGAAGGAGCAAUUCUACAUAGACAACAAUUCUAUUGCCAUGCCUGCUUAAGAACUUCCCCAAUUUACACUAAUGAGCUUAUCUGUCCUAGAUGUGGAGGCGAGUUUCUUGAGCAUGUGAAUAUAGAUCUAAACCGUGCAUAUCACCAGCGAAAUGACUCUACUGAGCAUUCACUUUUGGACUCUGACAGCGACCUCAGCGAGGACUCAGACGAUCCAUUUUACAACGACGAACAAAGCAUGGAGGAAUUCGACAGAAGCUUUUCGUCUUCCUCUUCUUCCUCUUCAAAUUUAGAGAAUUACAUUGAUUCAAUCGAAUCAGGCUCGGAAGAGUUACCAUCAAACUCAAGAUUUGAAUCUUUGGUAAAUUAUAUAUCUUAUAAAAAAAUAUCCCUAAAUUCUUUCAGUCAAAUAUGCUUAAGUGCUAAAAUUAAGAAUAUUUAUAUAUUUUUUGAGAAAAAGCUCUUUAUUCUUAUUAAAUUACCUAAAAGGAUUCUAUAUCUAAUUUUGGAGCCUUUGAAUCUAUAUCGCGGAUGGCAAAUAACAAUUUCAGCAGCAGAGCUUCUAACAACUAUAGAAGGGCAAAAAUCAAGCAGAUGACUGAUGAAUUUUCAUCAAAAGUCUGUUCAAUUUGUCUUGAUGAUAUCGAUAAUGGUGCGAGCAUCAAAGUACUGUAUUGUGAGCAUUUCUAUCAUCCUGACUGCAUUGAUAGAUGGCUUAGCAUGAAAAAAUCGUGCCCAAUGUGUAGGAAAAAAUAA